UCCCGUUCCCUGGAUUCCAUGGAAGACGGGCUGUCGGCGGGACACUGACGGUGAAGCCUGUUUACGUGGUCCUCUAGUGACUUUUCCAUCACUUGUCGUGUAGUUGGCGCGAUACUCUGCUGCCCGCGUUUAUUGUACACACUUGAAUGUACGAGUCGAGCAUGUUGUAUUAUUUGUUAUAGCUCGUGAAAAUGGAGAAAUGCGUUUCGGGACAGGAAGUGUGACUCUGCUGACAUGUUUGCCACAGUGUUUAUGAGAAGUGAUGCUCGCGUUCAGUUUCAUUAUCGGAGCCCACAGUAAGUUUAUGUAAGAUGGGAAAUCUUAGUCAACUUGUGAUUCUGUCGUUUUGAUUUGGUUAAGACAUCAGGGAGUCGCGGGCUGGGUGGUGCUGUCAGUAGUAGUACAUCCUGGUGGACUUUGUGUCGGGUCGGUGGGUAAAGUUUGGCUCCCCUCCUGGGUGGGGAGGGAUUACCAGUUCGAACGAAAGGGCUUCCAUCUCAGACCAGUCAUAGUUGCAUCUUCAGUACAAAACCAGUGGGGAAAUGGCCAAAGACUGCACGCGCGUCAACGAGCGUUACGCAUGCGUGGAGACGUUUUGUGCGUCGAGCUCCUGUGGGGAUGGACCCCACGCAGGGUGGUCGUCAAACUUCGAGGUGAUGGAUGGAUUGCUGUACCGCAAGAAGCUGGAGAGGGGCUUCAUCAACUACCGGGAGGUUUUGAACGUGGACCGAAGACAUGAGGCCAUCUCCACCUUCCACAGGAGGAGACCUGGUCAGCGCCACCUGUCCCUGGAGGAGACCUAUAAAUGCGUGGCUGAAAACUACUGGUGGGAGGGAAUGUACUUCCAGAUCAGAGACUUUGUCCUCAGCUGUCCAGAAUGUCAGAGUCAGCGCAGUAAAAAGUCAGAGGAGUUUAAUGGGAGAAGAUGUGUCACAAAGACCAUGGCAUCACACGGCGCCGACAUGCUGAGCAAGCUAAGAAGUCAAAGGGAGGCGGGGCUUUUCUGUGACAUCACCCUGCAAACGACAGGGCAGUCGUUCUUGGCCCACAGAGCUGUUCUGGCAGCCGUCAGCGAUCACUUUCAAGAACUCUUCACUGAAAUGGACGCAAGCAAGAAAACAAACAUAGACCUCACGGGUUUUAGUGAGGAUAGUCUUCUGUCUCUGCUGGACUUCUCCUACUCCUCCACUCUUUGUGUUCAUCAGGAGAACCUACCAGAAGUCUGCGCUAUGGCUCGACACCUGGGCAUGUGGCCUGCAGUGGAAGCCUGCUCGGCUCUUCUCAAAGAACAGGAACAGCAGCGCCAUUCUGGCAAGCUCUUCACCUCACCCUGUGCUGGUUCAUGCUGUGAGCGUCAUCACAAAGCAAAUGAAGGGAUUUUAGAAUUGGACAACACUAAUGAAAGCUUUAGUUUAACGCUGGAUGCUUCAGAUGAGUCUAUACACGAAAGUCCCAGGCGUAAUUUGCGCAGACUGCCAAAACCCCAAGACCAAAACGGCCUCCCUCUAAGUCCUUCACAUAGGAUGAAGCUCAUGGAUUUUAAAUCCCCCUCAUCCAAAAAAGGUAACACACCCCGUCAUGGCAUAGCCACCUCUCAGUCACAGAAUUACUCACCCAUAUCUUCAUCAAGCCCCCGUCUUCUCCGCUCCUCUCCUGGUGCUGCCAGAGAGGUUCAGAGAUUGCUGCCCAUGCCAGAGACACCUCGAAGAUGCAAAAAAUCUCACUCUGUUACCCAGCUCUCAUGCACAUCCAGGUCGAGGCCAGGUACCACCUGUAGCACGGUGCGGGUCAAACAGGAAGUAGUAGAGGUUGGAGAGGAUGAAGAGGAUUAUGAAAGGGCACAGGAGAAGUACAAGCUUAUGAAUGUCCUUGGGCUUCAGAGGACUGCUCUGCUUCCUAGACCAGAGGAUCUUAUUGGCUGGAGGCAAAAGAAACGACUAAGAAAGUUGAAGGCCAACAACUACUCACUGACCAAGCGGCGAAAACCUCGUACGUCAUCCUUGGGACUAUCGUAUGAAGAUAUGACGCUGUCACUUCCUCUUUGUAACCCUGUCAACACUCGACUCCUCAAUAAGUCUGUCAAAACCAAGGCUUUGGUGUCAGCUAGUACGAAGCAGAUUCCUGCUAAGAGGCGAAAAAGUGUCCAUCAGCGUGUUCCUCCCACUGACAGAAGCUUGAGAAGCAAAGGGGUACUGCCAGACUUGUUCCAGCAAACAUCUAGGCCUGACUUUGGGGUGAGGGAACUCAGACGGUCUGUGAGGAAGGGUGAUGGUGCCUGCCGUCACACCCAGCAGCCUCUGAGGCGCAGCACCAAAAAUACCUUUCCGAGAAACGUAGUCAAAAUCAAAGCAGAACCAGCUGAAUACUCCCUGUCAUCAGAGAAUCACCUUGAUCACAUGCCUGCAGAUUCUCCACCUUCACGGAGGACAUCGUUCAGAAGAAAGGUCUCUGCAGACACGGUGAAAACACUGCAUUAUAACAGCAGCCGGUUGGUCACAAAAGCCAAACUCCGACGGAGCUCCACAAAAGACACAGAAAAGACGACACCUAUGAACCGAAGGAAGUGUCUGAAGGGAGUCCAUGCCACUAGACCAAAAGUGAAAGAUAACGAACCUGACGGGCUUCAGUUUUCAGAGCAUUCACCUCCACCGUCUAUUUAUAGUCAUAAUUUGUACAAAGCCAUUAAAGAGGAACCAGCUGAACCUGUGCCAGUUGGACAGUUCCCUGGUCCUCCCUCACCAGACCUGGGUAAACGUCAGAGCAAGCCCCCCAUCAAACUGUUGGACUCGGGAUUUCUGUUCAACUUCUGUCGACCAGUAGGGGGGCCUAUGGCAGCGCUGAAGAAAGAGGAGGAGAGUGUCGAUAUCUGCUUGACACGGUCUGUGUCACAGGUCAGAGAGAAAUUUGAGACUGAACAGUCUCCCCACAGGACACUGAGAGCCAGAGGGCCACCCAUCCUCCCUGUGGUGAAAAGGGAGAGAAGGGAGACCCAAGGCCGAACUCAAAGACCCAGGCAGAAGCCCCAAAAGACCAGUUUACUCCUGAACAAAUGUGCUGGGUCAAAGACUACCCAGACCACGCCAAAGAGACAAAGUAAAGUCAUUGCUGUGAGCAGCAGAAGCUGCAUCAUCCUGGAUGCUGUACAUCGAGCACGAUUAAAGCAACUUCGAGGGCCUCGCAGUCAAGCCCCCAAAGUUCCGAAGGCAGCCCACGCCUGUCUGCAGUGCUCAGCCACCUACAAGGACUGCGAUGCUCUAACUAUGCAUCAGCUAAGGCACGUCGAUGGAAAGCACUGGCCUUGUCCGCUCUGCAGCAAAACGUUCUUCAGACUGAGGAAUGUACGGAAUCACAUCCGCACCCACGACCCAAAGUUGUACAAAUGCCGGAGCUGCAUCGCUGCAGGUUCCUGAGGCAGCUGGAGGCACCGGAUCCUGAGUCUCAGACUGAGGCUGAAGGCCGUCAGUGACUCUCCACCAGCAAACGGUCUGAAGCCAGAGGCACAUGGCCAAUCUGAAGCUUGUACAUAUUCUGCGUCCCGUCACCUCGAAGCACAAGGAUCUGUGGAAAGGCAUAACGAGUUCAGAUUAUAAUUACUGCUAUUAUCAACGAUUUCUAAUAUUAUUAUUUAAAUAACCAAAUCAAGGUUGUUGUUCCUUUUUUUUUUUUUUGCUUCUCUGUUGCAGAAGGUUAAACUUGAACGUUACACUCAGGGGGGGGCGGGGUUAAAUGAUGCCAUGGCAUAAAAUGACUCGACACCACGGUUGUAUAAAGAAAACCCUGAAAUGUAAAGUGAUAUAAUUGUUACCGUUUUAUUUUUCUAUGUAUAGAUGAACGUUGAGUGCACUUAAAUGAUAGUAAAUGUUGUAAACCUAAGAAAUGAAAGAAGUUGAAGGUUUGGAGUUUGAGGUGGGAAUACUUGAAGUCUUGGAAGUGCUGGAGGAGGAAGAGGGGGCAAAGGUGGUGCACACUUGAUGUUGGAAAGGUGGGGGUUCAGAAAAGUGAGCUUGCCCUUCGUGGGUCUUUUUCCUUUCAUGUGGUAACUUUUAAAUGACGAGUCCUUUCAGAUCAGUCCUACUCCUCACCCAGGCAAUGAUCGGGUGAUUUGACGAGGGGGGUGGAGGGGCACGACGACACCACUGCAUGUAGUAUUUCUGCAGGCCAUUUAUAGUCCACUUUUCUAAGACUGGGUUCUUUUUUUAAAAGGGAAAUGUCUUGUUUUUAAUGUGAAUUUCCUAAUUUUAAUCGGGACAACUUUGUCACAGCAGAGGUUUUAUUCUCCUCUUCCUCUUCAGCGCAAGACGAGAUGAUCUCUCUCUGCUUAAAAUCUACUGAGUCGAUGCAAUGUGCACAUACAGAGAUGUUUAUGGAUUACAAAUGGGUUUUAGACAGAAAUGAGCUGUGUCUUGCCAUCUCUUAAAAAGAUUGAAUAAAUUUCU